UUAUAUUUAUUAUUAUCAAAGAUAUUACACAUCUUUGAUUAUUAUUCAUUCCAAUCAUUCCUGUAGGUUUUUUAAGACUAUAACUGCUUAUUUUCUACUCUUAUGAAAUUGUGAUUUUCCAACAUAGGUACGUAGAUCAUAUAUUAUUGUUUCGAUAGACCAAUGGAUUUUGAGGAAGAUCCAAAUUCCAAAGAAGCUUUAAGAAUUGCGAUUCGUAUUCUUCGAGAAAGAUGCAAUACAUUCCAAAAACGCAUUGGUUUUCUAGAAGAAGAAAAUAAGAAAUUGAAAUCGGAAAUUCACAGUUAUGAUUUGAAUGACAACUCACUCACUGAAAUGGAUGCACUAAAACAGCGUUUAGCUUGUGCAGAAGAGCAGAAUGGAUUUCUACUCCAUAAAAUGAAAAUUAUUUCCCAGGAAAAUCUCCAACUUUGGUCUAACUUGGGGAAAUUGACAAAUGCCAACAAGUCUUUAGGUUCUCAUUUGAAUAAAAUCAAUGAUUCGUUAUCUCAGCAUGUCAGCAAUCAUCAACCAUUGAUCAGAUCAAAAACAUUUACCCAGGAGAGACCUACUGUUCAUGAUUCAUCUGAGAAGCUUGAUAUUAGGGAAGAAAAAUUGGGUUUAGAAAAUGUUUCCUUAAAAUUGAUAACCAACAUGACUGAUGUACAAAAUGAGGUGGAUUCAUUGACUCUAUUGGCUGAGGAUUUUAAAAAUAUAGGCAUUUUCGAUAAUGUGGUCACAAGCUCUCUAGGAUUCAAAUGUGAUGAUGAAGAUGAAAGCAAUGAUUUUAAUGAAGAAUUGAAAUUGAUAUUGAAAGAACUGGAAUAUACUAGAGAUGAAAGUCAAAGGCAGAACAAAGUUUUGAAGGAAACCUUACAAUACUUGGAAAUGUCCAAAGAAAAUCAUCUACAUGAAACAAAGGAUAAAUCUAAUAUAAUUGAAAUGGCCAAGAUGUGCCCUAUGUGUAGUCAGCAAUUUCCAGAGGAAUUUCCUUUUCCAGCUUUUGUAAGCCAUGUUGAAUCACAUUUCAAAUCUUAAGUAGAUGGGAAAGAGAUUUCAAUGGAAAUUCUUUGAAUCAGGAUGUGAAUAGCUCAAAAUAUGCAGACAAGUUGGAGUUGUAGAAUGUUUUGAAUGGAGGAUAUAUCAAAUGGUGAACUGUGUUAUUGAAAUCAUUUAUGAAUAGAAAAUUAUUCUAUGAAAAUAUUGAAGAGAAAUUCUUUUCUACCCCUGUGCAUGUGAUACAUUAAAAUAAAAAUAUAUCUUAUUAAAAUA